AUGGAAGGCUACUUUAGAUACGGCUCACUAGCCGGCAAUCCAAAGUACAGUUGUUUAAAUGUGACACUCAGCUAUGCAGAGAUGGCAAAAAGAAACGAGAAAAAUCCGUUGUUGGGAGGGAUUUAUUUAAUUUCAGGAAUACUUGUUCAGCUUGCCUACCUCUUGACUCUGUCAGUGAUUGGAACAAAAGAGUUUCGUCAAAUGUCUUGCUAUAAGUUGAUGUUGGUUUUGGGCAUCAUGGACACUCUUUGCAUCAUUUUGAGCUGUGACAUGGCUGGAUACUUCUACGCGAUUGGCGCCGAGUACUGCAUGUUCCCAAGGUUUCAAUACGUGGCUGGAAGUGUGACAAAUGGCGUUUUCAACUCGUGUUGUGCUCUUUGUCUCUUCCUUGUCAUCAAUCGUUUCGUCGACUUUUGGAAACCGCACGUGGCCGAGUUUUUCUUUAAAGACAAUCGCACUUGGUUCUUUGUAGCCAUCUCAAUUGUCUACGGGAUUUUCUACGCGAUAAUCCCUCCACCGAUUCUCUUCAAUGCCAAUUAUGGUACAUGGAUCUAUCACCCAUUCAUCCCAGGAAAGGAAAAAUUAGUGUACAUUUCGAUCUACCAAACCAUUUCCAACUUCAUUGUCGCCAUGGGGAUCUUUUUCUGUUACCUAGGAAUCUGCAUUUUGCAUGCUGUCAAGACUCGGGGAUACGAUAUUAAAGGACAAUCGGCUACACAGAAAAAGAUAAUGAUCCAAGCAGUGAUCGUCUGUUUCUUCACAAUGUUAACUACGGGAAUCUGGGCUUCGAUGGCUUUCAUCCCUCCAACGAUGACUUUAAUGCAUAUUGGGCACGCCAGUUGGCAGUUGAUGCAUGGCACGCCGGCGCUCGUUUAUCUCUUCUUGAAUCGCAGUAUUCAGAAGCGAGUUCUUCAGCGAGUUUACAAGCUUUUCUACUGUCGAGAUCGAGGUCUUCGUUUUAUCGGUGUUCGUCUCCACAAAAGCGAUCAUAUUCUUCGUCAACUCAAGAGCACUCUAAUGGCUUUCUUUUAUUUCUGUUUAGGUCUCUACGUUUUACUCGUCGAUAUUCGGAUCGUAAUCGAGAAGCACGAGAUCGAGAACACAGUCACUCCGACAGGAAUCGUGUUCAUCAUGUGGAAUAUCCAAACGCUUAUCUCACAAAUUUUCAUCCAUUAUUGGCAACGUUCAAAUGCUUUUGAUGCGAUUUUCGAGCGCUUUGAACAAGCCGAUUUGAGUGUUCAUGUUUUUCGAAAGGAGCGCCUUCGAAGCCAGCGAACGAUAAAAGCGAUCUAUUCAUCGAUUGCUUUCCUCAUCCCGAUCUAUCUGAUCUUUUUGAUUAUCACCAAAUUCUUCAUCAACAUCACUUAUGCCUACACUGGCUCUGAUCAUGUGUACUCAUUUCUGAUGAUUUGUACAAAUGUGCCGACUUUCAUGUUUCUCUUCAUUCGUUUGUUGACAAGAGACCGAUGGGGAGAUAUAUUGCACGCGAUUCCCGGAGCUAUUAUCUACACUUAUACAUAUUUGGGACUCACCGUCGUCCCAGCAAGGAUGCAAGGGGAACUCUACAAAGCCAAGCCGAUUUUGUGCGCAAAUGAGGCAAUUUGGGUACCGCACGACUCAGAGGUGAAUCGCUUGGCGCGAACUCUAGCAAUGCAUUUCGAUCAAUCGGAUCUCGGCAUCUCGUUAGAACUUUUCAAAGAUGCGACACUGACGCCGAGUGUGAUAAGACGCAGUUUUGCGGUAGAGCUCCAUGCCCCACGAAUCCAAUUCGCCCAAUUGCGUGUCUUCCAGCGUUUUGUGAAAAUG